AAAAAAAAUCAUUUGUGUUCCCAUUUCCCAUUUGUGUUUGUGGGAUCCAUUGUCCUAUGUGUCAUCAUUUGUCGCCUUUUGAAUAAAGGCUGUCUGGCUCCCAGCUUAAAUAUUGAAGCAAACUAAAAACCAACCAUCAGACUGGAUUCAUUCACUUUUGCUCAGUGGUGCGACAAGCAGAGGGGGCCUUAGGUGGGAACCAGAGAGCAAAAAAUUCACUUCAUACCACACAGUGCCAAGAGAAGGGGGAACACGACUACUCUGGAGCUCUCACUGUGGCAAGUUGCCCAUUUUAUACCAACCUAUUGCUGAUUUACUACCAUUGCCUUGGUUUCGAGUGGUCUGAUUGAUACAAUUGUGCGUUAUUUAUUUGUUAAUUUUUGGAUUUUUUACUUAAGGUGACGCAUGGAUAAUUUUGAGUUUGGACUUCAAGGCAGGCAUGACGAGGAGUGGCAUGACUGGAGUUAGUGAUUAGUUUUAGGUCGCCUGAAUAUAUGCUGCAAAUUGUAGAAUAACCUUUACCAACUGCGACAUUCAAAACAAGCCAAUGCCAAUUGUGGGUUUAAUGCAGAGCUAGCUUUUUUAGGGUGACAUGCCAUAAUAGGCCUCAUUGACUCACUUUAUUGACUCACUCUUGACUCCUUUUUGCUCUCCUUGUUUAUAGUGUUGAUUGUUGACCAUGGGUGACUGGAGUUUCUUGGGCAACAUCCUUGAGGAAGUCAAUGAGCACUCGACAGUGAUCGGUAGGGUGUGGCUGACCGUGCUCUUCAUCUUUCGCAUCCUGAUCCUCGGCACUGCAGCAGAGUUUGUGUGGGGCGAUGAGCAGUCAGAUUACGUCUGCAACACGCAGCAGCCCGGUUGCGAGAACGUCUGCUAUGAUGAGGCCUUCCCCAUUUCACACAUACGCCUGUGGGUUCUGCAGAUCAUCUUUGUCUCCACGCCAUCACUGGUGUAUGUGGGCCAUGCCGUGCACCAUGUUCACAUGGAGGAGAAACGUAAGGAACGUGAGGAGGCAGAGCUGAGCCGACAACAGGAGACAAGCGAGGAACGGCUGCCAGUUGCUCCUGACCAGGGCAGUGUCCGUACGGCCAAAGAGACCAGCACCAAAGGCAGCAAGAAGUUCCGCUUGGAAGGCACACUGCUCAGAACCUACAUCUGCCACAUCAUCUUCAAGACACUCUUUGAGGUAGGGUUUGUAUUGGGCCAAUACUUCCUGUACGGCUUUCGCAUCCUGCCACUGUAUAAGUGCAGCCGCUGGCCCUGUCCCAAUACAGUUGACUGCUUCGUGUCCAGGCCAACUGAAAAGACUGUCUUCAUUAUCUUUAUGUUAGCUGUGGCCUGUGUUUCACUCUUCCUCAACUUUGUAGAGAUCAGCCACUUGGGCCUCAAGAAGAUUCACUUUGCAUUUCGCAAACCAGCCCAGCCCCAAAUCGAGGGAUCUGGUGCAGGUGAGAAGCCUUCCAUAGCUGUGUCCUCUAUUCAGAAAGCCAAGGGCUACAAGUUACUUGAUGAGGACAAAACAGUUUCACACUUCUUUCCCCUGACUGAAGUGGCCGGCAUGGAGGCUGGGUGUGUGCCCACAUCCUAUAAACCAUUUGUGGGAAAAACAGAUGGGGCGACAGCACCACUAGAAGACCGGUCGAAGAUGUAUGACGAGACAUUGCCCUCUUAUGUCCAGACUACCAUGGUGGGGCCCCGAGGAGCUUCUGGUGUUAUUCGGGUGGAUGAUGACGAGAUCCCUGCAGAAGAAGACGUGGAAGCCAGUGAGACAAUAGAGGACACCAGACCCCUCAGUAGCCUGAGCAAGGCCAGCAGCCGGGCAAGGUCAGAUGACUUGACAGUAUAAAAUUAGAUUAAAAUUCAACAAUAGGAAAGUGUAAUCCUACUGAAGAAAGAGUUAGAAGGUCUUAGGGCAGUUGUAAUGACACAUGUAAACAUCAUGCUAUUUAAACAUGCCAAGCAAUUUUUCCCAAGAAUACUUGACUUCAAUAAUCCUUUAUAGAGCAGUAAUGUUUUACUGGCUUUAUCAAACGAA